ACAUUCACUGCCGGAUCUAGACAGCAGAUGUGCCGGAGAGCUUGGUCAGUAUCAGAUUGGGUUCUGGGGUAUCGAGAUGGCUUCCACGGAAUGGAAUUUUCUAGUAUUGCUAAUGGUGAUCAUGGCAUUUUCCGAAUGGGUCCAACAUUCAGACGCGGCACAGAUCACCUUUGGCAGCUGUACGCCCCAGGAGAGCGAUGAGCGUGGCCAGUGCAUCCACAUCACCAGUUGCCCCUUCCUCGCUGAAUUGCUGACGACAGAGCCACAGACUCCCGCCCAGCUUCUCCUCCUCUCCAAGAGUCAAUGCGGGCUGGACAACCGGGCUGAGGGUCAGCUGAACAGCACCCUUGUCUGCUGCCCGCGAAGCAAACGGAUCGACGUCGAGGAGCCGGAGCCAUCGCAUUUGCCAGGAAAUGAUCAGCAGCCUGGUAAUGUUCUGCCUGGAAACGACGUCUGUGGAUUCCACUUCGCUGAUCGCAUUUUCGGUGGCACCAACACGAGCAUCUGGGAAUUUCCGUGGAUGGUAUUGCUGCAGUAUAGAAAACUUGAUGUCAACAAGUCGACAUCUUCAAAUGAGUAUACUUUCAACUGUGGCGGGACUUUGCUCAACACCCUCUACGUCCUGACAGCUGGCCACUGCCUUGCGAACCGAAAGCUGGAGAAGGCCGGUGUCGUCCUGCACAGCGUUCGCCUGGGGGAGUGGGACACUCGUACCGAUCCUGACUGCAGCACCCAGAUGAACGGACAGCGCAUCUGCGCGCCAAGCCACAUCGACAUCGAGGUGGAGAAGGGCAUCGUACAUGACCAAUACGUGCCUAAUUCCGUAGACCAGCAGAAUGACAUUGCUUUGGUGCGUCUGAAAAGGAGUGUCAGCUACACCGACUAUGUGCGCCCCAUUUGCCUGCCCACGGGCGAUCUGAUCCAGAACAACUUCGUAGACUACAGCAUGGAUGUGGCCGGCUGGGGCCUCACUGAAAACAGACAGCCAAGUCCGAUCAAGCUAAAGUUGACCGUCAAUGUUACGAAUCGAACGAUUUGCCAGUUAAAGUACACCUCCUUCAAGGUGAAACUCUAUGAAUCCCAAUUGUGUGCCGGCGGCAUGGCGGGUAUGGAUACCUGCGAUGGUGAUUCUGGCGGUCCUUUGAUGGUGUCCAUAUCGACAGGCGGUCGGGACGUAUUCUACAUCGCUGGCAUUACCUCCUACGGCACGAAGCAGUGCGGCUUCGGUGGAUGGCCCGGCGUUUAUACCCGCACGGGGGCUUUCAUCGAUUGGAUACAGCAGAAAUUGGAGGCAUAAUAAAUAAAAUUGCUAGUUUAUUCACA